AUGCUCAUUGAUUGCCAUGCACAUCUCUACCCUCCACAGUUUCCAUCCGACACGCUUCAUUCUGUGCUGCAAAGAGCUGAAACAGCUGGCGUUACCUCUAUUAUCAAUGUGCCAGAGACACUUGAGGAUGCCAAGAUCGUGCUCGAGUUAGCAGCGACGCACAAGAUUCUCCAGCCGUGCGUUGGGUUGCAUCCCGUUCAACCGUCAGCGAAUGGUAACCCUCGGUCGGUGCGGGCAGAUGAAGUACAACCUGUGCUUGAUCUGAUACAGCGGUACUCAGAUCGUAUCGUCGCUAUUGGCGAAUGUGGUCUCGAUUUUUCGCCCCAUGUCUUCCGAACCAUACCGUCGGGAGACAUUCCUGCCCAGCGGGAUGCGCAAAAGCAGGUUUUUGCAGCCCAGAUAAGACUGGCUAAAGAGCUGAAUAUUCCAUUAAAUGUCCAUUCACGACAAGCCGGGCACUAUGCUGUGGAUAUGAUGGUCGAGGCUGGAGUGACAGGCUUGUUACAUGCUUUUGAUGGAAAAGUUGGGAGUGCGCUUAAAGCAGUGCAGAAUGGAUGCAUGCUAUCAGUAGCUGCUCACAUAGGACGUAACCCGCACUUGCAAAAGUUGGUCAAGGCACUGCCUCUCGAUGCUCUCGUCCUGGAGACGGACGCACCAGCUCUCGCACCUGAGCCAGGAAUGCAGAAUGUCCCUGCCAACAUAACGAUAGCUUGCGAGACAUUGGCAAAUAUAAAGGAGGUCACAGUGGACAUGGUACAAGAAGUGACAACAUACAAUGCCCGACGAUUAUUCCCGAGGAUUGUGAUGAACAACUGUGACUGA